AGUAUCAUCCGGGGCAUCAAUUACUGUACUAGACGGUUGCUCAAAGAGAGGGGCUGGGCGUGCACGAGGGGUUUCGCAGCACGUUUGGUCACGUCAGCCUCGGCUAUAACCCUAUGAAAUACACACCGCAGCAAUAUAAUUAUAGCACUACGGUGCUGGGCCCAUCUGCCUGCCCCCGUGCCAGCACAGAGCCACUGGCCCUUGCCACCACAUUACUUCCCGCCACAAGCACCCGUAUGCUUGGCGCCGCAGGCGGCUUUUGCGGCCGUCGAUCCGUGGCUCAGGCUGUCCACGUUUCCAGUCGUUGCGUGUCCCGGCCACAGUUAGCGCACAUGGCAAGUGCGUCUGCCCAGUUGCACCAAGCGCCGCCAGGCGCGCCCUCUGUCGCGGGCCCGGGGCAAGUGCUCCUACACUGCAAUUGGCUCAAUAAGCAGCUCUGGUUCGACCAACUCACGGCCGCGGGGAUGCCGGUCGCCUGGCCUGAAGACAUCCGUGACUGGUCAUCUAUACAGUACGCGGUGGGCUGGAAUUUCACCCCCGAGGUCCUGGCCAAGAUGCCGGGGCUCCGCGCCAUUGCGUCACUGGGCGCGGGCGUGGACCACGCCAUGCGUCCGGGGCUCAUCCCGCCCGGAGUGGAAAUCCUGCGCAUUGUUGACCCGCUCAUGGCUCAGCGCAUGGCCACCUGGGUCAUGUGGGCCGUGGUCAACUUCCAACGCAAGAUGGAUUUGUACGCCCGCGCCCAGGCCGAGCGGAGAUGGGAUAAGACCAUUGAGAACCUGAAGCCAUGGGACAAUGGCGAGGUGCGAGUGGGCAUCAUGGGCUAUGGUGUCAUGGGCCAGGCGGCGGCCGGGCUGCUGCGCGCCGCGGGAUACGACGUGGCAGCUUGGGCGCGCAGCCCACAUGACAGCGCCGACAUCAAGGUGUUCUCGGGUCGUGAGUCGUUGCGCAGCUUUGUGGAGCGCACCGACGUGCUGGUGUGCCUGCUGCCGCUCACGGCCGAGACCGAAGGCAUCAUCAGCGCCCAGCUGCUAACCUGGCUGCCGCGUGGCGCCGGGGUCGUCAACGCAGCACGUGGCAAACACCUGGAUGAGGCAGCGCUGUUGGCGGCCAUUGACUCGGGCCACGUGGCGGGUGCCGUGUUGGACGUGUUUGCGACCGAGCCCCUGCCGGCGGACUCGCCGCUGUGGGCGCAUCCCAAAAUACGCAUCACGCCGCACGUGUCCUCGAUUACGGACGUGCCGAACGCCGUCGCACAGAUCACCGAGAACUAUCAGCGCCUGGUUGCCGGGGAGCCACUGCUGCGGGUCGCGAACAAGUCAGUCGGGUAUUAGGUUUGAGGGUGAGGGCGUGGGCAUGAGUGGACAUUGCUACGGAGGGGUGCCCCUGUUGCCACAAGCAUCCCAGCUCUUGAUGUGGGGCCCAGUGUGACGUCAGCGGCCGACGUGUGCCCGCGUAAUAAUAUGCGUGGCGAGUGUAGGGUAAAAAAUAGUAUCAUGUAUGUUCUGGGACGCCUGCGCCUGCGCAUACAUGGGCACCACCCACGUUAGCGCCCGACGAUGGGGCGCUGGCACUGCGGCCUGCAUCGGGUUGGGCCCAGGCCUUCAGGUUUGAGGAGUGGGUUGUAAUAAGUAAAGCGGCGCUGCCGGGGCGGGCGGUGGUAGGGGCCCAGACGCCUGUGGCGGGUACCAACCGACGAAACCCCCGCAACAUUGCGCACCCCGCUCCAGCACCUCUGACCCCCGACGUAUGCGAGUAAGACAUCCACGGUCGAAGGGGCAAGUGCCUUUUUUCCAGGCCCUUGCGCGUUGUCAAACGGCUGGCGGUGUCUAGGUAGCGGUCCGCGGUGGGGCUGACAGGGCAUGCGUAACGGCAUGACAAGUACGGUAGUGCGGCUGUUGACAACUGUGCCGCGUCUGGCUGCGGUUGGCUCUGCUGUGGCAUCUCGAUUGCUAGGCACCUGGUAUGGCUAUGUGCCUGUGGAAACCGACCCGGCUAUGUCCGGGCGAUGAGGUAGUUCGGCCUCAGACUGUGGAGGGGCUCAGCCCCUUUUUCCCGUGACCGGAACACUUGUGUCAGGCCCUUACGUGCAGCCUGUCGGGGCUGACAUACUUCGCAUCUGCCACGCUGCUGUCGAGCGAGGCCCUCUCUUUGCAGGCUGGGUUCGAUGUCUGUUUAUAUGAACCAUGAUUGAGCAAGGGUGUCUGCGGAGCAUGACUAAGUCCAUUCCUCGUUCAUGAACUGCAAAUCCCAUUCAGUCGGUGAACUGACUUCGAAAGCGGCAUUCACACUACUGCUCAGUAAUAACUGUCAGACGGUGCA